GAAAGAAAACGAAAAUACCCGAACCCCACACGUCUCGUAUCGCUUUUCCCGUUUUGUAGUCAGACAUAUUGUUUUUUGAACUUUUUCCUUCGUCCGUGUUGCAGUUCUCGGUUCCGGCUGUCAUGUCUGCCUCCGCCUCGCCAACAUCCCCAGCCCCCUCGGCUACUGGGCAGCGAGUGACGCUGAGUGCGAAGCAGGCAACGGCCAGCGAAACGGCCGAUCCCGCAGCUGCCGAGGUGAUUCGUGUCUCCCUGUUUCCAGAGCGUGUGGUGAUGCUCCGCAGCGCCGGUGACGUGUCCCCCGGUUGGAACGGCGUGGUGGCGCAAGACUGCCGCCGCAAGAAGUCGUAA